GCAUCCGAGGGUGGAAGCUUCGCCCACGAACCAGACGAGACCCAGCUCGUAUUCGAGCAGCUGAAGCGGUCGAGGAGGACGGGUGCACAUGCGUUCACCACACGGCCCUUUCUGCCCGGCUUCAAUGGUGGCCUCUUUCUGCCGGAGCGGAGGAGCCGUGGCCACACGAGCGAGGGCGGUUCCGCACCCGUGGGCUUCCGGCCGGCUACAGCCGCCAAUGCGCGGCUGUGCUUUGAGGACCUGAUUCCCACGGACGCGGCCAGCGACCUGACGUGUGGAGACUCCUUGGCGGGACACCCGCUGAAGGUGCUCCGACAACGGCGCUCCAAUCACCCCUCUGGUGCGUGCGCUGAACCUCCGAGGCUGGCAUGGACAUUCGAGAGCUGCUGCAGCGGUACCAGACCGCCCAGUCCAAAGGGCCCAGCGUUCGAUCGGUUUUCUUGAGCAGGCUGCGGGUAAGGUGCAGGGUUCGAUGUGGAUCAAUAUGCAGACAAUACAUGAGUGUUUUUCUUAUGUAUUUAUAUUGAUUUGUAUAUGGAAGAGUGUCAUAUAGAAUACUAUAUAAUAGUUACCUUUUCACAACAUGAGAUAAGAAAUACCUCCAAGAUCUGACUGACGUUCGGGCAGAUCGCGAGGUCACUUAAGAUCCCAGGAGUCACAGGAGUCAAACGAUUUCCAUUUGCAGUAUAAGGUACUGUAGUUUGUCCCUUCAUGCAUUAGUUAAUCUUCGUUCGAUGUUCCCUUUCGAAUGGACCAAGAGUCGGAUGUCACGACGCGUUAAAGCUUGGCGUCGUCGGUUUGACACCGGCGUUGUGACGUUCCAUCGCAUGAAACAUGAGUUUGCGCGCCGGUGAUUUUUGAAUGUUCUCGCGAGAGAAAGGCCUGUUGAGGCUUGCCCAUGACUUGUUUGUGAUCGAGUUCUUCCGCAUUCAGUUGCUUCAGAGGUUGCAUUUGUGUUUAGGCCCAACAAGUGCACUCUGUUUCUCGCUAAGGCCGGCAAUGGCUCCGGUGGAGGAGGAGUGGCAGCGGCGGACGCAA